UCACAUGCCGUCAGGGCGUAGGGCUGGGUUAGUCCACCAUCUUGGCUCAGGCUAGCUAAGUCCUAGCAGGGAGUAUGAGGAGAACCCGACGGAACCAAACCCCUGCCGAGCGGACCGAACCUGGGCUAUCUGACCAAGUGGACCGGAGCUAGAGGCCGGCUGCUCGGCCCGGACCUCCUCUCGGCCGGAAAUCGGGCCCAACGCCGGGAACUGUCGGGCUGCUAACUCCCCGGCUAACUUAGGCGUUAAAGAGGAACUGUUGCUCCGGUUCCGUUUGGAUCCAUGACAGUUUUAAACUUCCGGAAAAGGAUCCGAGCCGAGCCGGGACAGGUAACCCAGGGCGGGGACAGGUGAUGCCGCGGGGGAGCCGGCUGUGACCGAACCGAACCGAAGCCGGAGCAGCCCUCGCCUCACCGAGCCGCUAAGUUUGAGACAGGUGUUCCGGAGCGGACCGGCGGCUUCAUGAGCGGACCUCCGUCACACUGACCCGGGUAACAUGUCCACCAGGACCCCCCUGCCCACCGUCAACGAGCGGGACACCGAACAGCAUGCCUCUGUGGAUGACGGACGCAGCGAAGCGGUGCCCCGCUCCGUCCGCUCUGCUCGCUGUAAAAACUCCUCCAUGGUCUCCGGAGAUGAUUCGCCUCACGUGGGGAACUACCGGCUGCUGAAAACCAUCGGGAAGGGGAACUUUGCCAAAGUGAAGCUGGCUCGGCACAUCCCGACGGGCCGGGAGGUGGCCAUCAAGAUCAUCGAUAAAACUCAGCUGAACCCCACCAGCCUGCAGAAGCUCUUCAGAGAGGUCCGCAUCAUGAAGAUCCUGAACCACCCCAACAUCGUGAAGCUGUUUGAGGUGAUCGAGACGGAGAAGACGCUCUACCUGGUGAUGGAGUACGCCAGCGGAGGUGAAGUGUUCGACUACCUCGUAGCUCACGGGAGGAUGAAGGAGAAGGAGGCCAGAGCUAAGUUUAGACAGAUCGUCUCUGCGGUGCAGUACUGCCAUCAGAAGCGCAUCGUUCACCGAGACCUUAAGGCGGAGAACCUCCUCCUGGACGCCGACAUGAACAUCAAGAUCGCCGACUUCGGCUUCAGCAACGAGUUCACCCUGGGUGGGAAGCUGGACACGUUCUGCGGUUCUCCUCCCUACGCCGCUCCAGAACUCUUCCAGGGUAAGAAGUACGACGGGCCGGAGGUGGACGUGUGGAGCCUGGGAGUGAUCCUCUACACGCUGGUCAGCGGAUCGCUGCCCUUUGACGGACAGAACCUGAAGGAGCUGAGAGAGCGAGUGCUGCGAGGCAAAUACCGCAUCCCCUUCUACAUGUCCACCGACUGCGAGAACCUGCUGAAGCGCUUCCUGGUGCUGAACCCUGGGAAGAGAGGGACGCUGGAGCAAAUAAUGAAGGACCGCUGGAUCAACGGCGGGGACGAGGAGCAGCUGGUGCCGUACGUGGAGCCGGAGCUGGACAUCAGAGACCAGAGCAGGAUCGACCUCAUGGUCCAGAUGGGUUACUCCAGAGAGAAGAUCAACGAUUCGCUGUCCAAGAUGAAGUACGAUGACAUCACAGCCGCCUACCUGCUGCUGGCACGCAGGGCUGCAGAGAUGGACCUGAGCGGCGCCUCCUCCCUGCUGAAGCCCCACCCGUCCAGCAGCAGCAGCCAUUCUCCCGCUCACCUCCUCAGCCAGCGCUCCUCUUCCUCCUCCAAGCAGAGGAGGUACAGCGACCAAGUGGGUCCCGUCGCCUCGGCCGCCGCGUCUUCCCGGAGGAGUCCGGCGGAGGCGGAGCCAAAGCUGGAGGCGGGAGGCCAGAACAGGAAGUCCGGUCCGGGGGAGGCGGGCAGUCCGUUGCUCGGCAACGCCGGCAACCCCAACGCAGGCGACAUCCCUGAGCGCAGGAAAACGUCCGCCUCCAGCACCGCGUCGUCGUCCAGCAUGACGAGGAGGAACACGUACGUCUGCAGCUCCACGGACCGCACCUCCGCCUCCGCGGUCCACAACGGCAAAGAGAACAGCUCCACCGGCACCCCCACCAAGCGCUCAGGGGGCGGAGCCUCCACUCACAGCGUCAGCAGCGGAGCCGCGCCUCCUGACCGGCUGCGUUUCCCCCGCGGGACGGCGAGCCGCAGCACCUUCCACGGAGGGCAGCUGAGGGAGCGCCGCACCGCCACCUACAACGGCCCCCCCGCCUCCCCCAGCCUCUCCCAUGAUGCAUCGCCCCUGGCUCAGUCACGGGCCCGAGGCUCCACCAACCUGUUCUCCAAGCUCACCUCCAAACUGACGCGAAGGGGGACGUCAGAGGUGGAGAGAAACGGCCGACCUGAGGGGUCUAGCCGCAACGUGACGGGCGAUCAGAGGGAGGAGCCCGCCUCUCCCGCCUCGCCCCACUCGAAGGACGCCAAGCCGCGCUCCCUGAGGUUCACCUGGAGCAUGAAGACCACGUCCUCCAUGGAGCCCCCGGACAUGAUGAGGGAGAUCCGGAAGGUCCUGGACGCCAACAACUGCGACUACGAGCAGCGCGAGCCCUUCCUGCUGCUCUGCGUCCACGGCGACGGCCACGCCGACAGCCUCGUCCAAUGGGAGAUGGAGGUGUGCAAGCUGCCCCGCCUCUCGCUCAACGGCGUCCGCUUCAAGCGCAUUUCAGGAACGUCCAUCGCGUUCAAAAACAUUGCCUCAAAAAUCGCCAACGAGCUCAAUCUAUAGGCCCAGAGGGACGGGGGGGGGGGGACAGGGGGGACAGGGGGGACGGAUGGGCCGAGACAGGAAGAGACCAGGAGGAGGAGACCAGGAGGUUCAGGUAGCUGGAGGCAGAGGGACAGGGAAGGUUGGGCAGGUAAGGAGGACAGGAAGUGGUUCAGAUGGAGACGAGUGACAGGGAGACACGUGAGACAGACGGGGACAGACAGGUAGGGACAGAGAGGAACUGAUGUCUUCCUGUUUCUCCUGAGCUGUUUGCUGAUUGGACGAGGCUCUUUCCCUCUCCUGCUGCUCUUCUGUGCUGAUUGGACGCUCGUCUGUGUCGCUGUGGACGAGUGGACGUUGCCGCAAAGCAUUAUGGGACUCUGAGUCCAGCUGUUAGUUUUUCUCGUCAGAGAGUCUCUCUGUGUUUUUUUUUGUGAAUGUAAAUAGUUUCUCACCUCGUUGAUUUUUGUACAUGUGAGCGGUCAGCUGACCCGCAGCCGGCCGGAGCUCAGGCUCACCUGUGUCUCAUUAAACACGUUGAACGCA